AUGGCUGCUGAAGGAUCUCAAGCAGCUCAUCAGCAUCAAUUCUCCAUCCACGACGGUAGAUCAGGUUUAGGGAAAAGAGCUGUGCCUGCGCAGGUCGGCAGAGACCCUCGCAUCAAGACAGCAUGUACGGAGUGCAAGCGGCGGAAAGUGAAAUGCGACGGCAGCCAUCCGUGCUAUUCUUGCCAGUGGUAUAAGCAACCCGAACGUUGCAAAUAUCCCUUCACCCAGCCCGCACUAGGUGUCAAUCGGAAGAAUUUCGACUAUGUGCGGAAAAGGCUUGAAGCGACCACUAAUAUCUUGACCAAACUGUUCCCCUUGGAAUCCAUCGAUGCUCUCGAGGGACUAUCCGGUCAACAGCUUGUGGAGCGUGUUGUUGCAACAGUGACUUCAGUUGAGACUGAGCAAGGCCCCGAUCUCCCUUCCGUCAAGAAAGCAGUAGCAUACGAGGGGUCGGCUGGAUCGCACGAAACGGAUGUGCCCACUAGAGGAGCCUUUCCAGCUUCAAUAGGAGUCGAGAAGCACCAAGCCAGGCCGGAGAACUCAUCAAUCGACAGCGACGGCCAUCACGAUUUCGCUGACGGCGAGGUAUCAGAUCCUGGUGACGAUGUGAACGCCGUAUCGACCACUGAUAGUCAUGCUUCUUCAUACGUCGGCCCUUCCUCGACUAUGCAGAUGUUUCGCACAAUACUCCGUAUCGCGCCGGACUCUCUCGAAAAGAGCAGCCAACAUCAGAGCCCUCCACACUGUGUUCCAGCUACUUCCACUCGUUCUUCAGCACGCCGCGACACACUGUACCUGACGGAUCGAAUGAGAGCGUUGAUUGACGCUUAUUUUCACUGGGUCCAUCCAACCACGGCCAUAAUCGACGAGGCAACAUUUCGAGAAUCGGCUUUAUCCGGCGAGAGAAAUGAUCCUCCAUGGCUGUGCCUUUUAAACACAGUCUUAGCGCUUGGCUCAUUAGGCUGCACAAAGACCGAGUCCAAAGAGCAUAUGAUAUAUUACAAUGUUGCGAAAUCUUACCUUGAUCUCGAAGCUCUCGGGAACAAAAGCCUGGAGUUCUUACAAGCAUUAAUGUUGAUGGCUGGUUGGUAUUGCCAUUACCGGAACCGUCCGAAUCUUGCGUCCGCACUUCUUGGGGUUGCAUUUCGAAUGGCAUAUGCAUUGGGUGUGCACAAGGAGACACCAGUUCCAGGACAAACAGGUAUGAACCCGGAGUUGAGGCGCUCCAUUUGGUGGAAUCUGGUGGUCCUAGAUGCAGCUGAAGCAGUAACACUUGGUCGUAAUCUGGACGGAAGUAUCUUCGACAGUGAGGUGAGGUAUCCUGGAGGAAUGCUGCAAGAGCCAAACAGAACCUAUGACAAGCCUUUGUGUUUAGCAUCACUCCUGGGUAUCACUAUCGCUUUUUCGCGGAUCAUGACUGAAACCCAGGCCAGACUAGCCACAUCGACGCCUUUGUCCUUUGCCGAGCUCCUUGGCUUGGAUGCCCAUCUCGUCGACUGGUACGAGGGACUACCGGGGGAAUUUCAUGGAUCGGCAGGAAGUACACCCAUUUUCAAUCACGCUUUCGUGGGGCGGACAGAGCCACCCGAUUCUCAUGCAUUUGUACAGCCUUGUGUGACAAUACGGUGGAGAUACCUCAUUCUUCGGAUAACGCUGUACCGGCCAGUUGUCAUGGAGGCCGUCCUGCGCAGGAUUCCAUACCAUCAACUAACGGCGGAUCAACGACUGUGCAUCCGUAAGUGCCUGACCCUGGCGGGGGAAUUGAUCGAAUCUGCCCGAUCGAGGACGUUGGAAACUCCUAACCAGUACAUUGCUUGGCCAGCGACUUGGAAUCUGCUCCAGGUCUGCAUGGUGCCUUUGGUGUGUCUGUACACCUUUCGUGAGAAUCAGGAUACAAGCCCCGAAUUCCACCAGGGACAUGGGCAGUUUCGCGCCACAGCUGUGGUCAUAGACCAGGUCCGUCAAGUUCGCGAAGAGUGUCAUCGACAGGUCCAAACAACAUUGAAUUUGAUGCAAGAGAUGCAACCAUGGGGGAUUGCAUCAGAUCGCAUGUACGAACUGAUCUACUUGCUGUACGAAGCAAGACAUCAACCUCUGCGAGUGUGGAAUAAUGAUGAAAACAGUCCUCUCGUCGUAUUACCACCAACCCCUGUGCUCAAGGCUGCAGGUUCUUCACGUCGGUCUUGUUCUGAGACAACAAGUGCGCGCCUUCAAGCCGGCGAGCAAUAUGACCUCAGGCACGGGAAUGAUAUCGCUGAAGCGACAGGUUUUCAAGGAUCUACGAAUGCACCAAUCAGCAAUACGGUAGAAGGGGAGGCAGACAUGUCAAUUUUCACCACAUUGGGGUGGACAAAUGUGACGUGGGAGAGUCUUUUCGAGCUUCCAAACGAUUUUCAGUGGCCGGAUCCCCAAAGCACAUACGAUAUGGGAUGA